AUGUCAUCAAGACUAAUUAUAUUAGUCGGACCUGCCCUACCUCCAAGCUUCAGGAAAAGCAGCAAUGACGAUUCCGACGAAGAAGACACGCUUGUAGGUCCAGCGCUGCCGCCGGGUUAUUCGGCGAGGGAUCUGUCCAGUUCUUCGGAGGAUAGUGAUAAGGAAGAGGUGGUGUUCAAAAGAGGAAGACCCAGCACGGGCAGAGAAGAGAGUAGAGAUGGACCUAUGGACUAUGCUGUGGAGGAUGAUGAUGGUUUCUUUGGGCCCGCCCUUCCUCCAGGGUAUCAGAAGAAGCAGAGCUCACCUGAAAGGUGUCCAGUGUUGGGCCGAGCCCUGCCCCCAGGGUUCCGGAGACCAGCAGAAGAUGAUGAUGAUGAUGAUGAUGACAGAGACAGUGAAGGCUUCCCUGGACCAGCACUGCCUCCUGGCUACAGAGCAGAGGCUUCCAGCAAUGAUGAUGACAUCCUAGGGCCCCUACCAUCCAAAGGGGGUGUCCAGAACACCAUUGCCAUGGAUUUUGAACGGAGGGCACAGAAGAUGAAAGAGAAACUCAUCUCUGGUGAUGAUGGCCCAGUAGAGUUGGCUCGGGAGACCUGGAUGACCGAACUGCCCCCUGAGCUCCAGCACAUCGGCCUGGGUGCCCGAACCUUCAAGAAGAGGUCCGGCCCGGAGAACAAGAACCGCUCCAUCUGGACCGACACUCCUGCAGACCGCCAGGGAAAGGCCCAGCAGCGUUUGGAGGGGAAGCAGGGUGGAGAGGAGGAGGAGGAGAAGAAGAAGAAGAAGGAGGAGGAGCUUCCGCACAUUUCCCAGAAAGACCUGCAGAUGGCGGAGAAGGUGUCCAAGUACAAUGAUAUGAAGCGUGGCGAGUCGCUCAUCAGCAUGCACAGCAAGAAGAUGAAGAAGCGGGCGGAGGCCGAGGAGAAGCCGGCGGAACAGUAGCCCUUCGACAGGGACAACGACCUGCAGGUCAACUGCUUCGACGAGGCGCAGAAGAAGUCUCUGCUCAAGACGUCCCAGGAGCUCAACACGCGCUUCUCCCACAGCAAGGAGCGCAUGUUCCUGUAG